GUGGCAACAACAGCGAAGAAGAAGUCGUUAAUUCGGUGUUGGCUGUUGUUGUGCUCCUAGGUUUUUAUCAUUGAUAAUAAGCUAAACAAAAUAUAAACACCUCGACACAAACCGUUUCAGGAUUCCAAUUGUAUCUUCCUGCAACGUUUGCGAAACACAUUUGAACACUGGGAUUUGUAACUAGCCAGCUAAGUUAGCCACGUUAUUAAUUAGCUAGUUAGCUAACGCUAGCUACAAUUGCUAGCUCCAGUACACCGUUUGGCGCUGGUAGAAUGGCGGAGGAGGAAGACGAAACAGUUUUUGACGAGGAUUUGGAUGACGGGGCGGGUGGAACCGAUGGGAGCCACGGCAAGCGAAAACGGUUGUUUUCUAAAGAGCUUCGGUGUAUGAUGUAUGGGUUUGGGGACGACCAGAAUCCCUACACCGAGUCAGUGGACAUUCUGGAGGACCUUGUGAUUGAGUUCGUCACGGAGAUGACGCACAAAGCCAUGUCCAUCGGACGCCAGGGCCGUGUCCAGGUGGAAGACAUUGUUUUCCUCAUCCGGAAAGAUCCAAGGAAGUUUGCCAGAGUGAAGGACCUCUUGACGAUGAACGAGGAGUUGAAGAGAGCCCGCAAGGCCUUUGAUGAAGCAAACUAUGGUUCUUAGGUCGUGUGGUUGUAGAGGGAUAUGGGCUUCAACACGAUUUUUAUUUUCUUUCGCAUUGUCCAUACUGUUUAUUCUGCUAUGAUUAUUUGACAUGUUUUUAUAAGGAUCUAACGUUUAAUUUGUAGCAGAUGUGGCCAUAGAAUGUUAAUUGACCAUCCACUUGACUUCAGAUAUGUUUGUGCUCAUGUCAAAUGCCAAUGUCUAUCUUUAUCAUAAUCAGUGUGGCUUUCUGGCAGACUAGAUGCUAUGUUGCUGCCUUUCAGUUGGGUAAGUGGAUUGCACAUUUGUUCACAAAUAAUUUCUCAAUCUAAUAGCAUAGACGAAUAUGGCAAGUAGCCGAGCGUUUUGCUGUUUCGAAUACCCGAGCUGACACUGGGGGAAAAUGGUCUGUGCUCUUGAGCAAGGCACUUUACCCUAAUUUAUACUAGAAAGUUCUCAUUAAAGUCUCAAUGUCUGCUGAAGGAUAUUGUUUUGCAGUAUCAAUCAUCACUAAGGAUAGACAUUGUGAAAUGAAUACAGUAACUCACACCUUUUGACACGUUCUUCCAUCCUUUACUGAGAUAUUUCAGGACAUGGGCCUAGCCCAGCAGGGAGGUCAAUGUGGACUUUGUAUAUGAAUCAAUGGAUGGGUUUUUGUUCCGGAACUAUUUAACUUGCUCCUACACCUUUUUAAUGUUAUCGCUGAAUAAACUAUUUGGCCUGUUCCGUUAAA